AUGAAAGAUCUAGGUGAACUGAGAUUUUUUCUUGGCAUAGAAUUUGCAAGGUCUGAUAAAGGGAUAUUGAUGCAUCAAAGGAAAUAUGCCUUGGAACUAUUGUCUGAGUUAGGCUUAACAACAGCUAAACCUACAGCUACUCCUAUGGACUACAACAUCAAACUGACAUCCAAACAGUUUGAUGAGCAUGUUAAGCAUGGGAAGUCUACUGAGGAUCCUCCAACAGAUCAAGUUGCUUACCAAAAGCUAAUUGGUAAGCUAUUGUACCUGACUAUAAAAAGGCUAGACAUAGCCUUGUUUGUUCAGACAUUAAGUCAGUUUCUUCAGGAUCCUAAGAAGUCUCACAUGGAAGCAGCACUGAGGGUUGUGAAGUAUGUUAAGAACCAACCAGGUCAAGGUGUUCUACUGUCUAGUAAUACAGAUGACAGAAUAAGUGCCUAUUGUGAUGCAGACUGGGCAUCAUGCCCUCAGACUAGAUGGUCUGUAACAGGCUACUUUGUGAAGGUUGGAGAAUCACUAGUUUCCUGGAAAUCAAAGAAGCAAACUACUGUCUCCAAGAGUUCAGCAGAACCAGAGUUUAGAAGUCUUGCUGCAGUCACAACAGAGUUGGUUUGGAUCCUAGGCCUGAUGAAAGAAGUUGGGAGUGAAGAAAAACUUGUGCAAGGAAUGAUCAAAACUCACUACAUUGCAACCCAAGAUCAGCCUGCAGACAUGCUGACUAAGGGAUUGACAAGAGCACAACAAGUUCAUCUCAAUGCCAAGCUAGGGAUCUGUGACAUCUUCACACCUUCCUAG